GCUUUGAACAUCACAACGUCGGUGCCUCAAGGCUUCAUCCACAACCCGGGAUGCUGCGUCUGCCGCCGAUGGCAUCAGCUUCCUAGGAGUCCUCAUUCAUGCCAAGCCUCCAGUCCAGCUCAGUCUCAGGAAUGAGUGCUGGAGUUCACUAUCCAGGACGAGUUCUCUCCGCGAUCAAAGAGCCACCAUGGUCAGCACACGCUUGUGCAGCUCUCUCAAGAAAGCGAGCCGCGCCACAGCCUUCCGGCGCAUCUCGGCACUGUCUCCCAGACCUUCACCCCGGGCGUUUCCGAGCAACCGACCACCACUCACUCUCUAGCCGGGUCUUUACAGUGAACAACAGCGUUCUGCUGAAAGUCAGUGAAGAAACUCUCCACCCCAAUGGGAAUGUUGUGGGAUGCGGAUCCGAACAAGUCUCUCUGGUCCUUGAUGACGAAAGGCCAACCGACACCCACUCAGCCUGUCGCCGGACGAAAGACUCCUCCGCGCCCUAUGAAUUGCUGGAUGCUGUAUCGCAUACUACUCGGCCGACCCCAGAGAAGAAGCACGCGAGGCGGAGCAGGAUGCGGAAGGAGCUCGUGAGCUCUAGAAUCCGACCGUUAUCCGAUCCAUCUAGGAGAUCGACUCUCACCUCAAUAACGCCUACGCCGACCUUGCAUAUGAGGGAACCACCGCUUACAAAGCCGCCGUCGAGGCUAAGGAUGAUGCGGAAGCGAAGCUAAAAGAGACGGGUUUCUACCUGUUUCGAGGAUGGCGGAUCUGGGCAGAUUCUCCUUACGUCGACGUCGGGGGAUAGACCUAUUUGGCUUCUACCAGAACUCCUUCGCCCAUUCCUCAACCUCAGGCGAAUCAAUCUACGGCGACGCCAUGGAGAACCAACCGAGCGCAGCGGCUAACACGCCCUCGUAGGGUGUGCUGGCCGGGCACUCGAAGAAG